CAGUUCGCCUUUCAAAAUGGCGACUGAACCAGCACGGGAAUGGAGCGAUGAGCAGCUAAAAAGUGACGAUUUGCCUAAAAAGGACAUCAUAAAAUUCAUUCAGGACAAUGCUGCUCACUCGUUCCUCAAUGAACACAAGCUGCUGGGAAACAUAAAAAAUGUCGCCAAAACAGCAAAGAAAGAACAACUCAUCGUAGCCUACAGUCAGCUCUUUGAGAGCAAAAGAUUUAAAGGCACUGAACCUGUAGAAGAAGUAACUGAGCAGGUUAAACAAGUGAAAAUCGAAGACAAGCCCAAAGAAGCCAAAACAGAGGUUGUAUAUGAGGGUCCACCCAAGUACACCAAGUCAGUGCUGAAGAAAGGUGACAAGACCAACUUCCCAAAGAAAGGUGAAACUGUGAGCUGCUGGUACACUGGUACCUUGGAGGAUGGAACCGUGUUUGACACCAAUAUUCCUGCAGCAGCCAGAAAGAAGAAGCAGACUAAACCACUGAGCUUCAAGAUUGGCUUGGGAAGAGUCAUCAGAGGUUGGGAUGAAGCCAUUCUUACAAUGAGCAAGGGUGAACAUGCCCGAUUGGAGAUUGAAUCAGAUUGGGCCUAUGGUAAAAAGGGUCUCCCUGACUCAAAAAUUCCACCCAACGCAAAGCUGAUUUUUGAGUUGGAGCUUGUUGCUGUGGAUUAAAUACAUUUUUGCCAGCAUGCUUCUAAUUUCUAGGAUGGACAACACACCAGAAUGAUUGUGCUCAGUUCCUCUGCACUUUGAUUAAUCAUAUGUACAAGACUCGGUUAAGUAUUAACAAAACCAGUUAUAUUUUUUGUUAUUGGUCAAAAUUGAAUGUCUUAUUAAUGUACAUAUCCUGAGACCAUGUUUUUGUUCUUUUAUGCAAUUGAUAAAUAAACAUGUUCAUAUUGCA